GGCAGCCGCUCUUAAAUAAUGCAUGAUGACAAUACGGAUGCAUGACAGCAACGUCCGAAUUAUUUUUAAUUUUUUGUUCUGGCAUCCCUAAUCAGACGUUUUCGGCCAGCGACAUUUUCUGUCGGCUGGUUAUCUUGACCAAAAAAAGCCCAAGAAAAACCGUAAAGAUGUUGGGUCGUGCAGCGCCGGUGGCCUGCCAGGUGACCGCUGUGGUCAACCUGCAGCAGAAUAGGAACAUGGCCACUUUGAAGUCCAUUUCCAUACGUCUAAAGUCUGUCAAGAAUAUUCAGAAAAUCACCCAAUCUAUGAAGAUGGUGUCGGCUGCUAAGUAUACACGCGCUGAGCGUGAUCUAAAAGCAGCUCGUCCCUACGGCAUUGGUGCAGUGCAGUUCUAUGAGCGAGCUGAGGUGGCUCCUCCGGAAAAUGACGUCAAAGAGUUGUUCGUGGCCAUGACCUCCGAUAGAGGUCUAUGUGGUGCAGUGCACACUGGUGUCGCGAAGGUGAUCCGCAACAGAUUGCAGCAACCAGGCGCUGAGAACAUCAAGGUGAUCUGUGUGGGAGACAAGUCGCGCGCCAUCUUGCAGCGGCUGUACGGAAAUCAUAUCAUCUCUGUAGCUAACGAGAUCGGCCGCCUCCCCCCCUCGUUCCUGGACGCGGCGACCAUCUCCAACGCAAUACUGACGUCCGGCUACGACUUCGGCUUCGGGAAGAUCAUCUACAAUAAGUUCCGCAGCGUUGUCUCUUACGAGCAAUCGGACUUGCCCCUAUUCAGUCAAAAGUCUGUUGAGGCGGCCCCAAAACUGGCAGUAUACGAUUCCCUCGACUCCGACACGAUCCAGUCCUACAUGGAAUUCUCUCUGGCCUCGAUGAUCUUCUACGCUUUGAAAGAGGGGGCGUGCUCCGAACAAUCGGCCAGAAUGACGGCCAUGGACAACGCUUCAAAGAAUGCGGGAGAAAUGAUUGAGAAACUCACCCUUACAUUCAAUAGAACUCGUCAAGCUGUAAUUACUAGGGAGUUGAUUGAAAUCAUCUCUGGUGCUGCCGCUUUGGAGUAAACUUAUUGUUGUGGCGGGAACUGGUUGGUUCGAAUUUUUAAAAUUUGCCCGUUUAUGGUAUGCUCAUUUUCAUAAUCGAGCUUUGGCUAGAUGGAAUACGAAAAUAAAAAAGAAAUUAUUCAAUAAGGUGUCCGCAUUUAAAAAAAAAUCGUGUUAGCUCUCUUUUUGUUAUAUAAAUUAUUAUGUUAAAAAAGAGAUAGCUAUGUAUUUCAAAAAUACGCCAGUUCUCGUCGUCAAUUUAUCGAAAAUUAUAAAACUGUAUCUAAUAAAUUAAUACCCAAUAUUUAUUCUCUUAUAACUGCCGUUGAUUUAUAUAGAUCGAAAUGUACUUUGCCGACAUUCCCGAAGGAGUGUGCGUCUGGUCAGUAAGCACGCAUAUAUUUUGACUCUCACUGGCUUUAACACCGUUACUGAUGGAUGAACACUCAUUCGAUUCAUUUUAGACAGUAUGACUGCUCAUCGUGCAGGAUCAUGUGGUGGUUUAGUAAUAAAGUUUUGUUUAGAGAA